ACACUAAAACAGAACAUGAGAACACGGCCACGCGAUGGCGAUUUAUUUAUCACUUUUGGUGACAUCCCGGUUUCAGGAAUUUUCUUUAAUUCUUGGUGAAUUGAAUUCAUUUUGUGCUACGAAAUAAUAAUUUUCCGAUAGGUUACUUCAUUGAUAAUUUAAGUUACUAUGAGUCGAUUUUUCGCCACCGGAUCGGAUUCUGAAUCCGAAAGCUCGUCCGAAGAGGAGCAGGUUAUUCGUCAACCAGUGGCAGCCUUUUCAUUUAGCGACGAUGAGGAGGAUACAAAACGUAUUGUUCGUUCUGCUAGGGAAAAGAGAUUUGAAGAUCUUCAUAAUACCAUCAAACAAAUUAGAAAUUUCAAAAAAAUCAAGGAUUUAAGCAGUAUGUUGUCCAGUUUCGAGGAUUUAACAAGAGUUUAUACAAAAGCGUUCAGUACUGUCAUUGUAAAAGAAGAAAAUGGAAUCCAUCCUCGCUUCUAUAUUCGUUGUCUGGUCGAAAUGGAAGAUUUCAUUCAUGAAGUCUGGGAAGACAGGGAAGGAAGGAAAAACAUGUCCAAGAAUAACUCAAAAUCUUUAGCAACUUUGAGACAGAAACUUCGGAAAUAUACUAAAGAUUUCGAAGAUGAUAUGGCCAAGUUUCGCGAAAAUCCCGAUCUUCCAGAUGAAGAUGAAGAAAAAGAAGAAGACGAAAGCGAAACCGAAAGUGAAGAUGAUGAUGAUGUGGCUCCGAGUGCAUCUGCGUAUAAGAAAUCUGGUUCAGAGACGUCUCAGUCUCACUCUACAUUCGCUAAAGCUUCAGCUCACGUUGAUGAUGACGGUGGCAGUGAUGAUUCGUCCAUCGAUUGGGGUAAUGAUUCGGAUAGUAGUAGUUCUAGCAGCGAAGAAGAUGGUCAAUAUCAAAGUAUUAGGGAACGUUUUUUGAAAAAAAAUACCGAUAAAGAAGAAGAUGAGAAAAAGGAACGUAAAAAAGAACGUAAAGAAAAACCCAAAAAACCAAAAAAAGAUGAAGGAGAUGAAAGCGAAGGUGAAUGGGAAACCGUAAAAGGAGGCGCCACGAUUCCAUCGGAGAAACCUAAAAUGUUCGCUAAAGAUGCAGAAAUCAACAUCGAAGCGGUUUUAAAAAAAUUGAACGAAAUCGUUGCUGCACGUGGUAAAAAAAGAACCGACCGUAGAGAACAAAUUGAAUUGCUGCACGAGCUCCAAGUAAUCAGUGAAAACCAUAAUCUCGGAUUAGGUGUGGCGAUUAAAAUCAAACUUGCAACGAUUUCUGCAAUUUUUGAUUACAAUCAAAAAGUUUCUGAUCCAAUGAAACCGGAAUAUUGGGCCAAACUUUUAGAUCGGAUCACAGAAUGUCUAACUAUGAUAUUGAGUGCGCAAGAUAUUGUCAUCGGCGAACAUAUCACAGAAGAAGAAGAAGUAGUUGAUGCACCGCCGUAUAAAAUCAGAGGAUAUGUUUUAACCAUAGUUGAGCGUUUGGAUGAAGAAUUUACUAAACUACUGAAGGAAUGCGAUCCUCACAGCAACGAAUACGUUCAGAGACUAAAAGAUGAAAGUAGAGUGACGGAAAUUAUCGAUAAAGUACAAUCAUUCUUGGAGAAGAAGGGUACGGCGUCCGAAUUGUGCGGUGUUUAUAUUAGAAAGAUUGAGCACUUGUACUAUAAAUUUGAUCCGAUGGUUUUAAAACAGAAAAAAGGAGAAAUCAGCAAGAAUGAAAUCACCAGCUUACAGAUUAUGGAUAAAUUGUGCAAGUUCAUCUAUCACAACGAUGAAACUGACAGAUUGAGAACUCGUGCGAUUUUGUCUCAUGUUUAUCAUAAUGCUCUGCACGAUAACUGGUUCCAAGCACGCGAUCUUAUUUUAAUGUCGCAUUUGCAAGAAUCUAUUCAACAUUCUGAUCCUCCUACACAAAUUUUGUAUAACCGUACCAUGGCGCAUUUGGGAUUGUGUGCCUUUAGACAAGGCAAUGUCAAGGAUGCUCACAAUUGUUUGGUUGAUCUAAUGAUGACCGCUAAAGUUAAAGAAUUAUUAGCUCAAGGUUUAUUGCCCCAGCGUCAGCUAGAGCGUAGCAAAGAACAAGAAAAAAUUGAAAAACAAAGGCAAAUGCCGUUCCACAUGCACAUCAAUUUGGAAUUACUGGAAUGUGUCUAUUUGGUAGCUGCUAUGCUUAUAGAAAUUCCAUAUAUGGCGGCUCAUGAAUUUGAUGCUAGAAGACGUAUGAUUUCGAAAACAUUCUAUCAACAGCUACGUUCUAGCGAACGUCAAUCUUUGGUCGGUCCUCCCGAAUCCAUGCGUGAACAUAUUGUGGCCGCUAGUAGAGCCAUGAAAAAUGGCAACUGGACUGCUUGUGUCAAUUUUAUUAUCAACGAUAAAAUGAAUGCUAAGGUUUGGGAUUUGUUUUACGAAAGUGAUAAAGUUAGAGAAAUGCUGGUUCGUUUGAUCAAAGAAGAAUCUUUAAGGACUUACUUAUUCACUUAUUCGAACGUUUAUGCUUCGAUUUCCAUGCAAACUUUGGCCGAAAUGUUCGAACUGGAUAAACCCGUUGUUCAUUCUACCAUUUCUAAAAUGAUAAUCAAUGAGGAACUCAUGGCAUCUUUGGAUGAUCCAACGCAAACUGUUGUCAUGCAUAGAAGUGAACCUAGCCGACUUCAAUCAUUAGCUGUUCAACUGGCCGAUAAAAUCAAUAAUUUUGUUGACUCGAAUGAACGUAUAUUUGAAAUGAAACAAGGCAAUUUCUUCCAAAGAGGAGCUACAUCGGGUGCUGGAAAUACUUCAGCUGGAGCCAACCAGCAAAAUAAUUACCGUCAAGGAUAUAAUCGUCAAAAUACAGGUGGUGGCGGUCAAGAUUGGAAUAGGCAGAGGAAUCGAGUUUACUAAUCCAACUAUAUCGAUUAUCUUUUACGUAUUUAUUGUACGUUCGAAUUUCUUGAAGAAAUGAAAAUCACGCAUUUUUCCCGUUGGUCUUGUGAUUUUUUAUUUUCUUUUUCUGUAAUAAAUGCGUCAAAUCUG